AUCCUCGCCCAGUACGAAAUCGCGCAUGAUAUGAUUGUGAAGUUUGUGGGUAGGGAUGCUCCAUUCCGGUCAUGCAGGCACAAGGUUGAGACGACCCAUAUCAUGGAAGCGCUGUCUAUUGAGGACCCGCGCUUCCCUGUCGACUGCGCCGAGGUCUUGCGCUUGCUGCGGCUUUACGGACCCGAUGGGAAGCGUUUACAGCAUCCCAAGGUCAUUGAAAUGAUGAAUGACGACUCGCCGCCGGAGUACAAUGCGAAGCCCAUGAAGCGGUUCUUGAGGUUGUUGAAGGAGGUUGACCAGCAGUAUAAUGGCCAACGAGGAUAG